CCAUCCUCCUCCUCCUCUCACCCCACCCGUUUCACGCGGAACAGCAGCGGCACCCUGGGACUAUAAAAACCCUCCGCCACAAUCCUGGGAGCACGAAGGAAGCUCAACCUCUCAGGUGUAUCUUUCUGUUCAGCAACCAUGAAGGCUGUAGCUCUGAUCCUCGCUCUGGCAGUCAUCACUGGCUGCAAUGGCCGUGUUGUGCGACAGGCUGAGACCUCUUUGACCCGUGUGGAGAACAGUGUGGAACGAUUCCUGCAGUACAUCACAGACCUGAACCAACAAGCCGAUGGAGUCCUGGAGAACCUCAAAGUCCCUGAGCUCAGCAAGGAGUUGGAAACUCUCAUCACUGACACCAUGAGUGAGCUUACAACAUACAGGGAUGGCAUCCAGAGCAGGCUGGCCACCUACACCGCAGGCUCCCCAGAUCAGAUCCCUGAGGAUCUCCAGCUUCUGGCUAACAGACUGCAGAAAGACAUGACAGAUGCCAAGGAGCGCAGCACUGAGUACCUGAAUGAGCUCAAGACCAUGGUUGAGCAGAACACAGAUGACGUCCGCGGCCGCAUCACCGCCUACACAACAAAGCUGAGGAAGCGCCUGACCAAAGACACUGAAGACAUCAGAGACACCGUGUCCACCUACAUGAGUGAGAUCCAGUCCCGCACCAACCAGAACCUAGAUACCGUGAAGGAGAACGUUGAGCCCUACAUCGAGCAGGCCAGAGAUUCCGCCGCUCAGAAGCUGAAGGACAUCUCCACCAUCCUGGAGACCCAGGCUGAGACCAUCAGGACCCAGCUGGAAAGCAGCAUGAAGGAGCUGAGCACCUCCAUGGACAGCAAGCUGGAGGAGCUAACGGAGCUGCUCUCCCCAUACGCCACCCAGGUCCGCGAGCACCUUGACAAUGUCAUGCAGAAGGUCAAGGAGACUGCCACUAAAUAAAGAAAAGUGGUUAUUACGGUUGUAAAUGAUUGGUGGUAACGGAGGAAGGAAUGAAGAUGAAAGUUACUGAUGAUGUUUUGCUCUUAUGUUCAGGGGUUUAAACAGAGGGAAGGUAGAUCAUCUCCUUUCUUUAUUUUCUUUACACUCCCUUUAUGCAAGUAUUUCAGUCAACAACAGUAUAUCUUUCAGAAAACAACAAAUAUAUUUUUUUCUGUUUUGCUUUUUCUACUUUACUACUGUUUAUCCUCAUUAGUUUUGCAUUCAAAGUUUUUUUUUUCUUUUUUACAUUUUGUUGCUGGGUUUAGAUGCAACACACAAAACUGUCUUUCAUUUCAAUACAUGCACUGAAUAAAAGAUGGAUUCAUAUACAGCAAGGUAUCUGCUAAUUCCUUUGCACAUGGGCAGAACUGUUAAAAUCUAACUUCAUAUUGUCUGUUAGUUCUUGCUGUACUUCAUAGAAGAGUGGACAAUAAACUGACUUCUUGCAUAGCUGACAGUCUUUUUGCAACAACUUUCUACGAAAGCAUUCUUUGUUGUUUUUUCAUGAUGUAAGCCCACAAUGCUGCUCUCUGUCAAUGUAACCUCCAAGUUUGAGUAAAUAAAGAAUUCAGAAAAGAU